AUGGACGCAGCUUCUGCCUCGGCCGCAACAAGCGGCUCGCGAAUCGACCCAGCCACGCAGCAGCCUACCUCUGUCAUCGUAGACAACAGCGGUGCAAUCACUGAAGACGAAGCCGCCCUUUAUGAUCGUCAGAUCAGGCUUUGGGGCCUCGAAAGCCAGAACCGACUGCGCACAUCUCACAUCCUGAUUGUCGGCUGGAACGGCAUUGCAACGGAGAUCGUCAAGAACACCGUUCUCUCCGGCGUCGGAAGCAUCACUAUCCUCGACCCCACUCCAGUCGAUGCUUCUAUCGACCUUCUAUCAGGCUUCUUCUUCCGCGACAACGAUAUUCGACAGCCUAAGUGCAGCCAAGGUCCGCUCGAUCGAGUGCGAGCUCUCAACCCGCUCGUCAAAGUGCAUGGCAUCAGCGAGCAGGCAGAUUACGAGACGUUGAUCGCAGGCGGAGAUGAUGCGGAAUCAUGGCUAAGAGCUCGGAAAGUCGAUGUUCUGGUUGUCAGCACACCUCUGCCAUCGGCAAAGCGAGGAGCAUACGAAUACGGCUUGCAGGAACGCCUGAUUGGCUUGAACGACACAGCGGGAAAGGUUGGAGUCAAGUUCUUUCUCUCUUCGACUUACGGCUUCGGUGGCUUCUACUUUGCCGACCAAAUCACACACGACUACAUCGUCGAACGUACUAUUCCUGUAUCCUCUAGCUCUGUCGACAGCACUUCAAACGGACUAACAGAAGAAAAGAAACGCAUCAAGCAGCAUCAGACCUUCGUUCCUCUCUCCGCAUCCCUUUCUCACACCUGGCCUAAUCUUACUGAUCGACAGCAACGCCGCUUAAAGCUCCCACUGGACUGGUUCAUUUGGCUCGCACUCACCGAUCUCCAAUCUAGCCUUGCAAACGACGCGGCAACAACAAGCAUCGGCGCUUCCGCUCUGAAGAACCGCACUAUCGCAAUGAUUAAGGAGAAAGGACUGAACCCAGACAUCGUCCUACCACCUACUGAAGGAGGGGAAUUAGAGAAGAUCUUUGAAAACCUAGUCAAGGCCGGAGGCGCAGGAGUGACACUAGCACCAGUAGGAUCCGUGUUGGGUGGAGUGUUGAGUCAGGACAUCUUGAACUCGAUCAGUGGAAGAGAGGAGCCGGUGGUCAAUUGGUUAUUCCUGAACUCGGAUGCUUCGGGGGCUGCAACUGUGCACAAGAUCGGCGACUUGGGGAAUGCGGUCGUUGUCGACUAG